AUGACUGAUAGCAAGAGCAGUACGUGGUCCAAAUUCAUCCAAAGUGGACAAAGAAAUGUUGUGCGGUUCUCCGUGGAUGCAUUUCUGUUUCAUGGGAUGUUGGGAGAGCAUCUUUACAUGCAUUGUGAAAUAGCCGUCGGAAGUUUUAAACCAACAUCAAGUGCAAAGUCCUGCACUUACAACCAGUCAACAAAACGAUGGGAAGAGUUAUACGGUUCAAAUGAUGCGUGCCUCUGCUGCGACUCCACAUGUCUGUCUUCUGACCUGUCUGUGUCCAGUAAGGUCAUCACCAGUGAGCCCUGGAUCAUGGAGUCUGAUUUGGACAUUGUCGAGGAAGAGCAAACAUCUCCAUUCAUGACCGAAGAGGUGGGAACAGGCUUUGUUGAAGUAGUAACCACACAGACAGCUGAGAUUGGACCUCGUCAUUUUGUGCCAGACCUGGGUGUGAUGGAGGAAGUCGACAAAUUUGUGGAGCCACGGCGAAUAUUUGAGGAGGUAUUUGGAUUGGACUAAACAAAAAGGAUUAAAUAAAGACAUUUAUGAUUUCAA